CAGCGAUGUCCCCUCUGGAACAUCGCUGUUCUGGUCAAAUUUUUCAAAAACAAAAAAAUACCGUUGGAACUGCAUUAAAAGCUCCAACAGUUUUUUUUCAAACUUUUGAACGUUAGGAACCCUUUCUCCUAUAUAUUUGGACCCCCUCUCCUCACUUUUAUACACACAAACUCAAUUCUCUUGCGUAUUUCAUCUUCUUUAGAAUAUUUGUUGAGAUUUCUUCAUCACCAUGGGCAAAGACAAGAGCAGGGCUGCCACCUCCAGGAAAUUAAAGUCAAAAUCCCGAGCACCGGUAACAAACACCGAGGAGCGCCUCUACUACGGCGACGGAUCAUACCUCUGGUUCGAUUCCGGGGAGGAGCGCACCUGUUUCCUCACUCUCUUCUCUAAACGGGUUGUGGCUCCCCCACGGAUAGUCCCGGAGUGCCUACCGGAGCUCCUCGUCAAGUCCACGCUGAUUGAGCUCACCGUGGAGCAGCUUGGGCAGAUCGCCGGUCUCCCCUACCAAGGCGACAACGUCUCCCACUAUGGCGGAGAGGACUGGGUGCUCAAUAACGAUGGCCGUAUCCUCAACGAGCUUGGCAUCACCGAGCUCAUCAGGCACGCUUCGGGCCGCCCCACCAUCCACUCCGCAAACCCCAAAGGCCGUCUCCUCCUCUACAUCGUGUCCCGAAUCAUCAAACCCCGGAAGCAUGGGCACACAAUCAUGUCCGGUGAGGACCUCAAGCUCAUCCAUGCGAUCAUGCACACGGCCCCAAUCAAUUGGGCGAAGUUUGUCAUGAUCAACAUGACGAUCGUUGCGUCCACCGACCAUGAUCACCUCCUCCCUUACUCGUUUUUGGUGAUGGACAUCCUUGAACGAUUCAAGGCCACCACCACCGUUGGCCUGCUCACGAAGGCCACGAAGCUUUGGACGAUCAGUGCCCAAACCUUCACAAAGCGGUCGGACAACGCCGCGCCUACCACAGCCGCGCCACGCCAUACUGCCACUGCCCCAAGCCCAGCCGAACCCCAGGCCCGGGCCAACCUUGCCUCCAUCGUCGACUCCCUCCACCGCCUUCACCUCAAAGUUGACGGGAUAGAUGGAUACCUUGAGAGGCUCGACGAGGCUGUCCAACGCCAAGGGUACGCCAUGAACGCAUACUUCCAACGCGUUAGUUACGUCCCCCCACCGUACCAUGGCACGUUCUUUGGGCAAGUGUACGGUGACGAGGACGAAGACGAUGCCUCCUACGCCCCGUCAAGCUCCCCGGAUGAAGACGAGUUCGACGAUGCCAUCGAUGGGGAUGAGAUGGACGACGACGACGAGGAGGAGGAAACCGAAGACGAAGACUAGGACUCCCCUAGAAUUUCUAUCUCUUUUCCUUUAAUUAUUAUGUUUUUAUUGCUUCCGUUGUACUCCGCUAUUUCCCAAUUUUAAUAAAUAAAAUUGAGAGUUCGAGUCACACGAACCUCAAUGAACCUUCGAAGGAAACAACCCUUCCUUCGAACCACAAGAGAAAUAUUUUCUCUUGUCAAGUGUCGAAGAACACUAAAAGCACUCAAGAACAAUACUCUCUUUUAGAGUGGAUAAUGAGUAACUAAGAACGCUCAAGAACACAACACAAGCUUCACAAAAAUGGCUCUCAAAAAGCUAUGAAUAAAGGAUGAAUGAUUUG